AUGAAGGUGUUAGCAGCUAUCGUCCUGGUGUGUCUGGCGGCGACGUACGCCAGGGAGCUCGAUGAUGACCAGAAGGAUCUCGUAGCAGCCGCCAGCGGCAAAUCAAGCCAUCACGAAAGCGGCGGCGGCAAGGAACACCAUGCUCAUCACCACCAUGAACACGGAGAAAAGGGCCACAAAGGACACAAAGGACACCACCACCACCACAAGGGCGAUCACAGUGAUCACGGCAAGCAUCAUCACGAAGGACACCACAAGGAACACGGUGGCGGCCACAAGAAGCACUGGGACGAACACGACCACCACGGACAUCACCACGAACAUGGCCAUCAUCACAAAGGAGGCAAACAUGGACACCACAAGCACCACGAUAAGGGAGAGAAGACCGACGGUUACCACAAGAAGUACCACAAGGACAGCUUCCACAAGGACCAUCACUUCUACGAUGACCAUCAUCAUGAAGGCAAGCACCACAAGCACGGAAAGCACCACGGACACCACGAGAAACACGACGGCGGUCACAAGAAGGGUGGUCAUCACGAACACGGUCAUCAUGAGCAUCAUCACGGCAAGCACGGUCAUCACGACAAGCAUCAUCAUGAUGAGGACCACCACGGCCACAAGGGUCACCACGGUCAUGAGGAGCAUCACCAUCACCACCAUGACCAUGGCAAGAAGGGCGGCCACCACGACCAUAAGGACUGGGGCUUCCACCAUGGAAAGAAGCACUGA